CUUGCUCAACUAGUCUUCCUAACACUGAUUUCUUCUAAUCCACGUACUCAUAUCUUCUCAAUAUAUUAACAGUGCGUCUUGCACACCCACUCACUGGUGGUUCCCGUAACACUACUUGGCAAGGCUACAUAAUUCGGCAUUGAAGUUAACAACUUCCACCUCAACACCGAGCUUGUUAGGCGAUUCUAACGAAAAUGCCUAAGCGGCGGGCGGAAGACGAUGAGUGGGAUCUCCAUCGAGAUGACAUUGUUCAGCUGUACAUCAACGAAGAUCGCCCUCAAGCUGAGGUCAUGAAUGAACCAGCUGCGCGAGGCUUUAGAAGAACCAAGGCACAAUGGGAACGCAAGUUGAAGAAAUGGGGCCUUGCGAAGAACGCCACCAAGGACGAAUGGAAGUUUAUAGUUGGUCGAUUACGAGAGCGGGAGGCCCAGAACAAAUUAUCAUCGGUGAUUGUCCGCGGUAUCACCCUGCCGGAGUCUAGGAUCAAGAAACAAAGAAGGAUACAUGAUCAUCAUACCACAUUCGAGCGCAUUGCAAGAGAUCUGAAACCUCUCAACCGACUUCCAACACCACCUGGUGUUUCCAUAUCUACCCCGAAGCCGCCCCAAUCUCCAGGAUUCGAAACUCUACCACAAGACCGUAUCACAAUAAGGCAGCCUGGGUCUCUGCUAGUUGGCUCCGCCUCAUUCGUGCAAAUACGCGAUUCGCCUUGGCUGCAAUUCUUAAGUUCAAUCAAAUCUUCUCUCACCGCCCAUACGAGCGAGCAUUCCAACUCACCUUGCCAGUUGGCAAAUUAUGGUGCUUCUGAAAGACUAGACGUUUACAUUCCCAAGGAAGUCACUGAGAGUCCCGGCGCUCAGUUUGCGCAUGGUGGCAUCGUACUCGCUCAGUACCUCGAUUUCGAAACCCGUCUCCACCCGAUAUUCUUCGAUCAAAGACCAUACAUACCCAGAGAUCAGAGCGGAGUUAUCAAUGUGGAAUUCAAUGACUCAUAUGACCUCAUUGAAGUUAAUUCUUACUUGGAUACUCUGAAGUUAAUUGUUGGUGCCAUUGCAAACAACUUUGGAACAGAAUCGAUGGCACGACUUGUGUCUGAGCUCGCAAGGUCCAGAUCUGCCACAUCCAUCCUGCAACGUCUGCUCCGUCAAGAGCUUGUCGUGGUGAAGGCUUGCGCAGAGAAGCUCUUGAUACCUGCGGUGCAGCAAAGGGACCUCUAUCUUGUUCGAAUCCUUGUUGACUCUGGAGUGGACAUCAAUGUUCGUGCAUGUACAAGAAAGUCUUUCCAUCCGGUUACUGCUCUUCAGUGCGCCGUUGAGGUGAAGGACGAAAGAAUUCUCGAACUCUUGCUUGCUAGAGACAAUGCUGACUGGGCUGCGCAUCUCUAUCACUACAGGUACGAAUGUUAUGCUGAUAUCAAAGCAAUAAACAAUACGAAAGGCACCAUUGUAGAUGUUGCUGUGAUAAUGGGAGAAGGUAAUAUACUAAAGAGGCUACUAGCUAUUGCGCGAGACGAGCCGAAAGUGUCAUUGCGUACUCUACACCGUGCAGUACUACAAGGUCGUCUCGAUUUUAUCGACAUGCUUAUCGAGAUUCGUCCCGAGCUUUUGGUGGAAGCGAUGGAAGUCCCUUGGAUUCUCCUCGAGGCAGCCGCGACAUGUGAAGGGACUGCUGUGUUUGAAGCUUUGGUUAGCCAAGGCUUAGAUGCGGAAGAUGUUGAUGAGUUGGGUAGAGGCAGUGCGCUUGCAUCAGCUUCUGCACAUGGUAAUGAACGCCUUGUACACCAUCUGAUAGCGGCCGGCGCCGAGCUCUCGGGAACAGCCUUCGGAUCCGGAGCACCAAUACAUGCGGACAACUCUCAAUACUUCUCCAAAUGGAAGCUUAGAGACUUAUAUGGAAUGGCUGCACUGCAUGCGGCUGUGUAUAACGACAAAAAAGACCUCGUGAGUUUGCUCUUAAGCCACGGCGCCGAUCCGAACCAAUCCUGUCGGGUAUACCCUAUUCAGCUUGCGGCAUGGAACGGAAAUGAAGCGAUCGUCAAGUUAUUGAUCAAAAGUCAUGCCGAUGUCAAGGCCACACCACACGAAGUAGAAGACGGUUACUACUUCAGGGAUGGCUCAUUAAACUUCGCAUGCGGAGACGCUACGCGCACGGCCAUCCGCCUUGCAUUUGAGAAAGGCCAUUUGGGCGUUGUUGAUGUAUUAUACAAAGCCGGUGGCAGCCUUCCACCCUGCGAUCCGGAUAACCCCUUUUACGCUUACGAAAGCCCUUUCGAUAUUAUCAGAUGGCAGAAAACGCGGAUAGUGCGGGACACGUACAACACAAACCAGGAGUGGGACCCCCUGGCGAUUGCUAUAGAGAAGCAAAAUAGCAAAUUUCUAACUGGUGUGAUACGAAGAGGAUAUAUAAGAUCGCCUAUGACGACCAUCCAUUUGUGUCGCUGUAUUUUGAUACACGGGAUCGAUUUUACGCAAAAGCUGAUGCAGCAAGAUCUACUCACCUUGGACAUUGCUGUUUGUCCAAUGGUGCUGUACGCUGCCACAUGUAAAGGGGAGGAGGUAUUUGCGAGCAGACUCGUCACCAAGCUGAUGACAACACUUGGCCAUAAGGAAUUCAUUCAACAUCAUGGCCCUACAGCACUCAAGUUGGCGGUGAUGGCAUCUCAACUGGCCCUUGGUCGCAUGUUUUUGAAAGCCGGAAUUAAUCCUUACGAAUCUGAAGUUGAUCUGCACGAUGAGGAUUCGUGGAGGUUAGAUCGUUGCGGGGAUUUCCCCAAUGAUGAUGAUGACUUCACCUAUGAUGGUGACAACUACCCUACAGCAUUUCAAACAGCUUGUUGCUUCGCAUCUACAACAUUUAUUGAAAUGUUUCUGGUGUUGCAUGAAGAAACGGCCGAUCCUGAGCAGUAUGCUUACCAAAAACGCCAUCUCAGUGCAGCUUACAUCCGCGCAAUUUGUUCAGGAGAUGAAGACUUGGAGAAUAUGAUACUACGAACCGGACUCGUCAUCAGGGACGUAGAAAAGACUCUUGGAUUCGAAUAUAUUGAUCGACAUCUACGCGUAGGGCUUCGGUAUGCCUUCAAACUGAAAGCAUACAAUGUUGCAGAACGGCUUCUCAGCAUUGGAGCAAACCCCAACAGAGCGGAGGACUCUGAUCAAACCUGUAAGAAGUAUUCUGAUAGAACGGUUCUUCAGUACGCAGCGCGUGAUAAUGAAGCUGGAUUAGUCAGAAAGCUUUUAGAAAAAGGCGCACAAGUGAACGCAAAACCGGUCGCAGGUUAUGGUGCGACAGCGCUUCAAUUUGCAGCAAUAAACGGCAACUUCGAGAUCUGCAACAUUCUUUUAACGGCAGGUGCAGAGAUCAACGCCUGUCCAGCUGAAAUUGAAGGACGAACUGCGAUUGAAGGUGCUGCUGAGCACGGACGACUGGACAUGACACACUACUUACUUGAGUUAGGGGCAGAUAUACGAGGCCGGACAAGCAGAAACUACCGAAGGACUGUGUAUAGAGCUUGGAAAAAUGGACAUUAUACUCUUGUUCGUAUGUUACAGGACUGGAAGAUGCAGAAUUACGGCUCCGAGGACUGCGAAGAUGUCCAGACGAUCCUGGACACUAUCACAGGCGAUGAGCUUUAAUUUUGCGACUGAGGCGGCAAAACAGUGGUACAGACGUAAAUACUCACAACUACACUGAAUCAAAUGACGACACCGGAAGCGAAAUUACUGAUGACUGAUCACACUUUGCCAAAACCAUAUGAGCCUGCAGCAAAUAGCGAUUGUGGAGUCAUGGUAGGAAUUGGGUGAUUUCGGUAGAACAUGAUAGUAGAACACUAACUUCUAGCUUACAUUAUAACCUACUAUCUAUUCUGUACUCAUUUGACAAACCUUUAAUGAAGUGUCUCACAGUCAGUUGCUUACUCGGCCAAUAGUGCAAUGACAAUAGACCUCUGCAUCGCGAAUAGUUUUCCCCUCACUUAUCG